UUCCGUCGUUUCCUGUUCACAUACCUCCGUCCGUCAGUAUCACUUGGGUUUGUGUUUAGAGCGUGUGUUUAGAGCGUGUGGUGCGUCAAGAAUUUCGCCGAAAAAAAACUGAGGACGUGAUAUUGAAUAAAUCUGCUGUCAAACUUCUGUAUGUCAAGGUUUGGUAACUGGUUGGUGCUCUUGAUCCUGAUUAUGGAAGGGGAUUCUCAGGUGGUCCCACAGAUUCCCAUAGGUGUGGAACUGGGCACUGUCUCCAUUUUCAAUAUCUGGGAGCAUGCUCUUCGCAAACAGCAACGCGCAGCAGCUCCGCGGGAAGAUGCAAGCGUUGGGACACUGCUUUCACCAGUAUCCUUUCUCGUGGUGAACCUAGUGCCUGCCGACGCCCCUCACCCUCUCUAUUGCGACGAGUAUGAGAGCUUACGCACAGAGUUCCUUCUUGACUACAUGAUACAAGAACCUGUGCUUCCCAGUGAUCCUAAAAUGGCUGCACCAGAUGGACUGGUAGUUACUAAUCUCAAUGGGAAGGAAAUCAAAUUCAAGAAGGACGUCGAUGGACAAAUAUCCAUCAAUGGUGUGAGUGUCGAAGGUACAAAGACUGUGAAUGAUGGACCCAUUGUCUAUGACAUUUCGGACUUUCUCUUCGGCCAUCAAGAGAAAGUGAAAUCGGCAUUUGAAGAAGUUCUCAGAUCUCACACUCAGCACUUUGGACAUCAAAUGAAUCCUUUCAUGCCAGUUCCUCCCGAAGAACCCUUUUAGGAGGACUCAAGAAGCGUCUCGGUGUCAGAGACCCUGCAGUCUUUCUCUCAUCUGAACGGCUGAGCUUUCAGUAAAUUUGAUAAACAAGCUACAAUUUCUACAUAUUGACGAUCGAUUUAAAGAUGAAGCGGUAGCAAGAAAAUAAGAUUUAUUUCCCCUCCUUGAAUCUAAUGUCAAAUUCUGAUGUGUCAUUUCCACAAAAUUUUGUUUUUCUCUUAGGAAGAAUUUAGAAUCAUUGCUGUAAAUUGUUACCAUAAUGUUCAAACCGUGAUGUGUUCUACAUGAAGGCAACAGUAAUAAAAAGAUGUCUGAAGACUAACAAAAAA